AUGGAGUUGACGGAACAAGUCGAGCGCAUAAAGGAGGUGGUGCCCCGUUUUGCCGAAGUAGACGGAGAGGGGGUACCGAUGGAGUGGAAGCAGCAAGUCGAGCGUAUAAAGGAGACAGUGCCCUGUUUCACCGAAGAGAUGAUUUGCAAAAUGCACGAGCAAUGCAAAAUUGACUCCGACCCAGAAACGCCUAGCAAUUCAGGAUCACCGUCGAGCAGUGCCAAGUCAUCAGUCGCUUCUCAGUUGCAGAGUGUAAGUUUAGACAGAGUGAAGGAAGUUGCUUGCCGCACGGAGGAUGAUGCUGCACCUACGUCAAGAAGUAAUGCCCGAGCCUCGCGUGCCAAGGGUCCCCAGAGUUCCCAUGCAUCAGUAGCUGGUUCUGAUCCCGUGGCUCUCGGAAAUAAUGUGGCUAGUUCCUCCAGAAAUUAUUCGGGAAAUAAUGUCUCUCUUGGAAGUUCUAACUUUCUGGAAUAUAAACUCUUCCCACCACCAACACAACAGGUGCAAUAUUCAUUUCCACAGUAUGGAAAAUCGUUCAUGCUGAACGUUUUGGUGGCAAACGCUAAUCAACCGUCAGAACUUCGUCGUCUCCUUAGAUCCCCCUCUCUAGACUUCUCUGAACCCUCAAGAUCCAGUGCUGCGGGGUCUCAGCACCCACAAACAUCUACAUCAGAGAGCGGUCCAUCAGAAGCUACCCCAACGUCUACCAUUCAGACUUCUAGGGAUCCUCAAGAUCCGGUCCUUGAUGCCCCCUUUGGUGUCUCAAGUUACGGUCCUAUUCAGCGUCCUGGGAGAAUGUCAGAGAAUGCACAACCUUUCACAGCAAGUGCUUCCAUCCAUCGGUCACUGGAGACCCUGUCGCUAGGCAACAAUAUGUCCGCUUGCUGUGGAUUUACACGUCCAUACAUAGUACCGAGCUUCUAUCAGCCGCUGUGGCCCCUGCAACAACAUGGUUACAUGGAUGGGGGUGACAAUAUGCAUCGGAACUUCGGUUAUGAUAUGCCAUCUGCUCAACAAGAGGUGCAUCAAGCUGGAAGCUUGUCUCGGGCCAAUGCUGACGCUUCUGUUUGGGGCAGCUACCCAGGCACAGGGAGUACGCCUCCCGGAUCUCUGACUAUUUCACCUGCACCCUCUGAUAUUUCCAGGGGUGGAAACGACUUCGCAUUGCACGCUCAGGCUCAGCACCAGCAGAGAAAAGAUUAUCGCCCUGCGGAAGUGAACUAUAGCUACUCUGUGUGGAACCAUCAACCCGAUUCAGGAGCAAUGUCUGCGCUCCCCGAGCUCCAACUUGGUAGCUUCCCCAGAUGGGGGGCCUCCGCCUGCUAGAGCAAAUAAUCAACGCAAUGAAAAAAUGUUCGCCGCAAUAUGCUUAUCGAAGCUACCCGAGCCGGCAACUUCCUGAAACGAGCGUCAUGCCAAAGCGUCAGUAGUAAGGACCA